UAUUUUGUAUGUUUAUCUCUAAUUUAAACGUAUGCAUUAAGAUGUCUAAUCGAAUAAAUGUAGCACAAACGAAUGCAGACAUUAAUACAAAAUAUUUUUUACAACGGUGGGGGAGUGCCAAGAUGAAGGCACGGUGGCUUCAGCACAGCGCCCCCUAUCAGUUUUCUAUAUAAAUCAUUGCAUACCACCAGGUGUAAAGGUGUGCCAUAACGUCGGUAAAGACAACUUUUCUCGCGAGACUUUCUUUGUCUUCCUGGACCAAAUAGCAUCUGAUAGUACCGCGAAGAGGGCCAAAUUUAGCCGCUACCCCCACUCUUAUCCUGGGACCUUGUGUGCAGUCUAUGGUCCACAUCUCAGGACACGAAUAACUUGUUGGCCCCAACGGUCCGCUCCUUUUGAACGUUCUGCUAGGCCAAGACGGGUUUGGCGAAGACGAUAGUGGAGCAACACGCAAGGACAGCGGGAUUGUUAGCUUGAAUGGCUAGCACGGAUACCUAGCUAAAGCAUUAACGUUACUAUUGGUAUGGAAUGUGGUGAUGGCUGUGGUCCAACCUUUGCUUGUGUAACUAGCUAUCUACAGUUAGCUGUGUUGAUUCAUUCUUUAUCCCAACUUGAAGGUAACGUGAUUAAUUUAACAACAUAGUUACGUGUCUUACUAGCUAGCUAUUUGUUUCCAUAAUGUUAGCUUGCUAGCCAGUUUAUUGCUAACGUUAUUUAUUGGCAGUCACAGGAGGCAAUAGCUAACUAGUCAUAGCUAAUUUAUCCAGCCAGCUACCGUUAGUUAGCUAGUCUGGUCUAAAAUACCUAGUUAAUUAACUAGACGCCUCAUUGUCACCCCUGUUGAUUCGAUAGAUACACCGGCUAGUUUGAGAGCUAAUUGGCUAGGCAGGCCUGAGGCAUUUUGGAUCUGCCAACAGCAUUCAGUCACUCUUCUGGCGACACAGCAAGUUGGAGUCAAGAGACUCAACGCUGGUAUCUAGCAAGUUAUUCUCUAAAACAAAACAUGGCCCCCAAAAAAAGACCAGUGCGCCUUAACAUCACGCCCACCGCUGGUGAGGGAGGAUUGUCCACCUCCACAACCAUCGCAGCUGCCUCUGAUGCUAACCUGGAGGCCCUACAGAAGAAGUUGGAGGAGUUGGAUCUGGACGAGCAGCAGAAGAAGCGCCUGGAGAAUUUCCUUACCCAGAAGGCCAAGGUGGGCGAACUGAAAGAUGAUGACUUCCACCGCAUUUGUGAGUUGGGUGUCGGCAACGGAGGCGUGGUCAACAAGGUGUGCCACAAACCCUCAGGCCUCAUCAUGGCCAGAAAGCUGAUCCAUCUGGAGAUCAAGCCAGCCAUCAGGAACCAGAUCAUCAGAGAGCUACAGUUGCUACAUGAGUGUAAUUCUCCCUACAUCGUUAGUUUCUACGGGUCCUUCUACAGCGACGGAGAGAUCAGCAUCUGCAUGGAACACAUGGAUGGGGGCUCUCUGGACCAGGUGCUGAAGGAGGCCAGGAGGAUCCCUGAGGAGAUCCUGGGGAAAGUCAGCAUCGCUGUUCUAAGAGGGUUAGCGUAUCUACGAGAGAAACACCAGAUCAUGCACAGAGACGUAAAGCCCUCUAAUAUCCUGGUCAACUCUCGUGGGGAGAUCAAGCUGUGUGACUUCGGGGUGAGCGGCCAGCUGAUAGACUCCAUGGCCAACUCCUUCGUGGGAACACGUUCCUACAUGUCGCCGGAGAGAUUGCAGGGCACCCACUACUCAGUCCAGUCUGAUGUGUGGAGCAUGGGGCUGUCUCUGGUGGAGCUGUCUAUCGGCCGGUAUCCCAUCCCCCCUCCUGACGCCAAGGAGCUGGAGGCCAUCUUUGGCCGGCCCAUCAUGGACGGGACCGAGGGAGAAAUCCACAGCAGCACCUCUCCCCGACCCAGACCCCCCGGGGGCAGACCUGCCAGCGGCCACGGUCCUGCGAUGGCCAUCUUUGAGCUGUUGGACUACAUCGUCAACGAGCCUCCCCCCAAACUGCCUCAUGGAGUAUUCACAUCUGAUUUCCAGGACUUUGUGACUAGAUGUCUCAUCAAGAACCCAGCAGACCGGGCGGACCUGAAGAUGCUGAUGAACCACACUUUUAUCAAGCGCUCGGAGGUAGAGGAGAUGGACUUCGCUGGCUGGCUCUGUAAAACCAUGGCGCUGAACCAACCCAGCACUCCCACACGCACUGCAGACUAAACACACUCAAACAGACAUGCAGCGGCCUGAACACAUACAGACUAAUGGGCACACAUAGACAUGCAUCAUAUAUAUAUAUAUAUAUAUAUAUAUAUACAUACAUACAUACAUACAUACAUACAUACAUACAUACAUACAUACAUACAUACAUACAUACAUACAUACACACGCUUUUCUUGUCAGCCGCCUCUCCUCCUUCAGGUGAUCCAAGUAUGAACUGGCCCUAUUGGCCCUAAAGCCUCCAUUCAGUCACUCUUCUCUAACCAUUAGUGCUGAGCGAUUAACCAACAUUUCGUAAAACAUUUUUUUUGUUUGUUGUUAUUAAACAACUAAUUGACCGACGUUCAUUUUUUUUUAUUGGUGAGCCCAAUGCACUGUUUCUCACUCGAAAUCAAGUCAAGAACUACGGUAUGUGGGAUGCUGGGCUGAAGGGAGUUGUAGUUUUCAUUAAGAAAAUAUUAUACCUAGUUCAACGCAGAAACGUGAUAAUUAACUACAGUGACCUUAAUCCGUUGCGUCUGUUUCUUCCGUCUCGGACAGAGACGUAUCAGAGAGGAAGUGGCGAAGCGAGCGGCUUCACUCACCAGAAUAUGUCCAAAAUAAGCCCAAUGCGUUUCAAUGGGCUUAUUUUGGACCUAAAGCUUGUUGCCUGCCUUCGCGCCUUUGGGACGAUUCCUGUUGUUCGGGCGGUGACAUGAGCAUCUCAACAUUAAAUACAGAUCUCUGUACGGAUAAACUUUCACGCCUGCUAUGUUGUGUACACACAGACUGCAUCAUGAGAGAGGAAUGUAUAGAACACAAUGAUGAGGGACAGAUGCUGUUAGUUAUCUACUUUGAAGAACUAGUAAAAUGUUUUCGCCAGACAGCUCUACAGCGUAGACAACAUAGGCAGGCUAGCUAAAUAGGAUGACUAAAGACAGUGCAGUAUGGGGAGCACAUAGAUAACAUUAGAUGGCCUGGCGGACUGCUACUGCCUGGGCAGAGAUGAGAUGAUUACUAUUAUUUUUCAUUCCUUAAAGUCAAGUAAUCAGAUAAAAACCAAGUAAUAUACACAACUAAAAUGUUUUAUUUUAAAGGAAUUUACACUUUCUAUCAAUGUCUAUACAAUGUAGACCUGACAGACAAUGGAAUAUUUUCAAGGUUUUGGCAAUUGAAUGUUCACUAUUUUAGGCUUUGGAAUUUCUAUUAAAAAAAACCCUCUAAAAUCA